AUGCCACCUAAAGAGCGAAAAAUUGCGUUUAUGGGAUUCAGAUCAGUUGGCAAAUCAUCCUUGAUCAUUCAGUACGUCGAGAACCAGUUUGUGGACUCUUAUGACCCAACUAUAGAAAACACAUUUGCCAAGCAUACCAGAGUUGGUGGUCAGGAGUAUGACCUGCAUGUAGUGGACACGGCUGGACAAGAUGAAUAUUCAGUUAUACCACAGUCCUACUUUAUUAACAUCAACGGUUAUGUGCUAGUUUAUUCAGUCAACUCCCACAAAAGCUUUGAGGUGGUCAAGCAUGUAUAUGACAAGAUUAUAGACAUGAAAGGACGAAUGACGGUACCCAUUGUGCUUGUAGGAAACAAAAAAGAUCUACGUUUUGAAAGGGUCAUAUCUGAGGAGGAAGGAAGACGUGUGGCUGAGUCUUGGAAAGUACCAUUUCUAGAAGCUUCAGCUAAAGAGAAUUCGUCGGUGAAAGAGAUCUUCGACACCAUAUUGAACACCAUGAAGCAAAAAGAGAAUGGUGAAACGACGGAGAAGAGCAGCUGUCUUCUAUCGUAG